UUACAUUGAGGAAGCGAGUUCCAAUUCUCGAGAGCAGUUCUCCUCCUCCUCUCGAGCAGAAACAAACAAACCCUAGAGUUCAGACGAUGAUGAUGAGAAGUCUCUUUUCCGGCGCCAAGCGGCUAUCAACUCCGUCACUAAUCUCGACGACCACAAGAAGCUACAGCCUCAUUCCGAUGGUAAUCGAGCACUCGUCGCGAGGAGAGAGAGCCUACGACAUCUUCUCUCGCUUGCUCAAGGAGCGUAUCAUCUGCAUCAACGGCCCAAUCAACGACGACACCUCCCACGUCGUCGUAGCUCAGCUCCUCUUCCUCGAAUCCGAGAACCCUUCCAAGCCGAUCCAUAUGUAUCUCAAUUCACCCGGAGGCCACGUCACCGCCGGUCUAGCAAUUUAUGAUACUAUGCAGUACAUUCGUUCUCCGAUAAGCACAAUCUGUUUAGGCCAGGCUGCAUCGAUGGCCUCUCUCCUCUUGGCAGCUGGCGCCAAGGGACAGAGGCGGUCGCUGCCUAACGCGACGGUUAUGAUUCAUCAGCCUUCGGGUGGGUAUAGCGGUCAGGCCAAGGAUAUAACGAUUCAUACGAAGCAGAUUGUUCGUGUGUGGGAUGCGUUGAAUGGUCUGUAUGCCAAACACACGGGUCAGCCUAUUGAUUUGAUCGCGGAGAACAUGGAUAGGGAUAACUUCAUGACUCCUGAGGAGGCUAAGGCGUUUGGGAUAAUCGAUGAGGUGAUUGAUGAGAGGCCGUUGGAGUUGGUGAAAGAUGCAGUUGGGAGUGGAAGCAAAGAUGAUAAGAAGAGUUCGAGUUAAAGGAAGAAGUAAUGCUCUGUUUCAGGAAUCACAAAUCUUAGAUGAUAUGCUUUAUGUGAAGAAAUUGAUGCUGCCGUCUGCCGCUGGUUAUUACUAUUUUUUUUUAUCAAUAGUAAUAUUCGCUUUCAUUAAAAAAAAAAUUGUGCGCUUUUGUAUUAUAGAACACCAUGAGAUUCUUAUGGUAAUUAUUGGACUUUGACUAUACUCUGAGAAAUUAGGGAGAGUUACUUUUUAAGAUCUCCAUGACAGAAGCAGGAUUGUUAUUCUUGCUUAAUAUAGUAUUUGUGUGUUUUCCACUUGAUGUUAACUCGUUUUUCAAAGUCGAGCAGAAUUAUUAUUCAUGUUUGUAGUAUUUAUUUAUUUUUGUUUGCUUGUGGUUAAUCUAAUGGUAAAAUCUCUAUAUAUUAUU